AUGCACUGCGGAGUACUCCAACCAGUUCCCAGGACACAGUUUUGUCCUCGUUUCCCGUCCAAACGUAGACACAACGUUGUAUUGUAUAAUCAGGUAAUGAAGUCUGUAACGUUAAACUGAAGCACACGUAGAGGAGGUUAGGAACGAGGGGAGGGGUCAAGGGAAGAGGAAAGGAGUCGAUCGUGUCCUGCAGAGCUGCGCAGAUCGCCGCCUGAGAGAGUGAGCUGCAGAGACCUGACUCUGAGCACCAUGUUCACAGAGCUGCUGCUUGCUGUGGCGAUCGGAGGAGUGAUCUUCUACCUGGUUCAGAGGAGCCGGAGACAGGUUCUGAAGACUGAGGAUGGCUGGUGGGGGGCCGGAGCACCACCUGAGGGUGGAGAGGAUGACACCAUCAGGCCUUUUAAGAUCACUACGAGUGAUGAAGAGAUCGAGGACCUCUACAGGAGGAUAGACCAGACUCGCCCUGUGCCUUCACUGGAGGACUGCCAGUUUCAUUACGGCUUCAACUCCCAGUACCUCCAGAAGGUGGUCUCUUACUGGAGGAAUGACUUUGACUGGAGGAGACAAGUGGAUAAAAUCAACCAGUACCCACACUUCAAAACAAACAUCGAAGGCAUUGAUAUCCAUUACCUGCACGUGAAGCCAAAGAAGGUGCCUGAGGGAGCGACUGCUCUUCCCCUGAUAAUGGUUCAUGGCUGGCCUGGCUCCUUCUAUGAGUUCUACGGGUUGAUCCCUCUGCUAACAGAACCAGCAGACCCACAUGACCUUGUGUUUGAGGUGGUGUGUCCCUCUAUCCCAGGCUAUGGUUUUUCUGAAGCAUCACACAAGAAAGGUUUCGAUUCAGUCUCUGCAGCACACAUUUUCCACAAGUUAAUGAAGCGUCUGGGCUUCCAGCAGUACUAUGCCCACGGGGGAGACUGGGGCUGGCUGAUCACCACCAAUAUGGCUCAGCUUGAGCCAAACACAGUCAAAGGCCUGCAUGUCAACUUUGCCCCACCAAAUCCAGGGUUGCUCAUGGCUUCAUCCCUCAUGCUUGGUCGACGCUUCCCGAAGCUGUUCGGCUUCACUGACCUGGAUGUUCAGCGGCUUUUCCCCUGCUUCGAGAAACAGAUGGUGGAGCCCAUUAAAGAGUCUGGCUACAUGCACAUUCAAGCUACCAAGCCUGACACCGUUGGUCGAGGACUGAAUGAUUCUCCCGUGGGUCUGGCCACCUACAUUCUGGAGAAGUUCUCCACGUGGACGAGCCAUGACUUCAGGAACCUGGAGGACGGUGGACUCACCAGAAAGUUCUCUCUGGAUGACCUGCUCACUAAUGUGAUGAUCUAUUGGACGUCUGGCAGCAUCACCUCCUCCAUGAGGCUCUACAAGGAGAACUUCAGACAGGGCCUGAACCAGCCUCACGCCAAGAUGCCAGUGUAUGUCCCCACCGGUUACGCCUGCUUCCCCAACGAACUGAUGCACACUCCCAAGCUCUGGGUCAAGCAGAAGUACUGGAAACUCGUGUCCUACACCAUCAUGGCCCGUGGUGGCCAUUUUGCCGCCAUGGAGGAGCCCCAGCUGAUGGCCGAGGACAUCCAGAACUUCGUUAAGACCGUGGAGAAGAAGAAGAAGAAAUAGUGGAAUCAAGUAAAGAAAUGUGUGAAGGUGUUGAUAAGGAGGAGGAAGAAUGAAACAGAGUAAAUUGCAGUGUUGAGCUGUACGUAGACGAGACAGCGUUGCGAUUAAUGACAGUGAAUCAAUAACGCAGAGUAGCGCUUGUUUGAAUCAGAUUCAGUCACCAGCAUCAGUUACUAUAUGCUGCAGUAAUGAUAGAAACAUAUCUAUUUGUAACUUGAUCAGUCAAAGAAGAGAGCCUGUUAUAGAGAAAAUCUCAAUUACAAACUAAAAGCUGAGGCAUUACUGUGCUGUGAGCUUUAUAUUGUGUGUACGCAGCUUGAUGAAGUUAAAGGUCUGGGAUCAGGAAGUCUCUGCCGUCCUUAAACCUUCCUAAAGCUCUGAAGAGGGCUUCACCAACCAGCUGCAGACGGGGAGUGAAGGGGGCACCUGUAGUGACGGCUUAGACAUUCCUCUAACUGAAUCAAACAAUAUGCUGCUGUGUUAUUGCUCUUAACCUUUGUGUUAUUUUACCUUCUACACUCAUUGAUGUAGUUUAAAGCUCAGAUAAAGCCACAGACAGUAUAUACAAGUGCUGUAUAACAAAACAGAGGUCACAGUGGAUCAUGUCUACGGUUGCAAAGGGGUGGAACAUUUUCCAGUAAACUUCCAUGGGAAAUUAAGCUGGGGAGUUUUGGAAAUAUUCCAAAUAGGAAACUUUCCAUGGGAAUGAAUGGGAUUCAACUGUGAAUUAAGGGUAAUUUAAUGGAAAGGUGUCAUAUCCAAGCAUACAUAUUUGUUUUGUUAUAAGCAGACAUCCAUCCAAAAUAAUACAAUUAAAACAGAUUUAUCUUUAAGUAGAACUUUAUCAAGUGUUAAAUAUUUUAUAGAACUAUCAAUUCUUUCAUUGAAGAACAAAAACAUGAAUGUUCAGUUAAAUAUUACUCAUCUCCCCGACCCAACCCAUUCAAAAAUUAACAAAAAUGCAAUCCCAACAAAGUCCCAUUCAAAAUGUUAAAUGAAAAGAGCCGCUCUCCCUCCAACAAAGUCCCAUUCAACAUGCAAAUUAAAAAACUGCUUCUUGCAUGAAAUCUGGUUGUUUUAGUCAGGAUUACGCUCAAAUAUAUUUUUCCCAACUACAUUUAAAUUCCCUAUUAAGAGCCAACCUUCACUUUAAUAAAUUCCUAUUCCCGUUUAUUCCCAUAAAUUCCUGUUUAUUCCCAUGGAAAGUUUCCAACUUUGAAAAUUCCCAGAAUUUUGCAACCCUACACAUGUCACAGUACCUCUCUGUGAAUCAAACCACGUGUUACAGUUCAUUACACAGUUAACAACAAGCACUCUGCAGCUUUUGUCACGUCUCUCACAUCUCAUUAGUUCACUUUGAUUCUAAAGCUCAGUACUUGCUAUUUAUCAUACAUUUUAAUCAAGUGUAACUUUCAUGAAGGGAGAGUUGGAUCAUUGAGAAAAACAAGAAAACUCCGCGCCCCUCUCUUUUGAGCAGUUUUGAUGUCUUUGUUUCCAUGGCUUCAUGUUGACCUUAACAACAAACUCUGAAGUGUUUCAAAUGGCUAGAUGAAAACUUAAUCCCCCGCUGUGCGUCUAAUCUUUAGAAAUAAAAGUGAUGCAUUCCUGUGACAGGCUGCUGUAGGUGUGCUUUAUGAACCAGCUCUCCUCACCUCCAUGCAUCUGUCUCAUCUUCAUUGAUGAUUUUUACCCCCGGUGUGCGUUAGUGACAAAGACACAACCGGGGGACGUCUGUUUAAUAUUUGAGGUUUGAUGUUUUUUGCCGCCAUUACUGUAAAAAGCUCUGCGUCUACAGCUUGAUUUAAUCCAGUUUGGUGAUACAGCAGACACAUUUAGUAAGUUUUGAUCAACUCCUUGUUGAAAGAUGCAGAUGCAUUUCAGAGUGCCUUGAACUGACUGACUGUCCAGUGUGCCUGUCACUGCAGGUGCAUUCAAGGGCCGUUGUAAAUAUGCAAUACAGUCCUUUCAUGGCAUUUUUCUGUGAAUCAAGAGAAUCAAAUUACAGUCACAGUGGUCACAUCAAGAAUGUUUUCUUUUGACUUUUUAGCAGGGACAGGCUGAAUUAUUUAAGAUAUUACACAAGUAAAAGUGUUAAAGGAGUGAAAUGUUGACGAUUUUAACACUUGGUAUAACCCUGAUACCGAUAUCUGACCGACUACAUGAAUUAUUUAAAGAGUGAAGAUGUUUCAGCAAAAAUCAAAGACUAAAUGUUUUGAGUUUCUGUCGACUAAAACCAGACUAAAAUUAUAAAGGGCUGAAAAGACUAAAAUGUGACUAAAACUAACAGGCAGUUUCAUCUAAAGACUAAGACUAAAUCUAAAAUAGUCGCCAAAAUUAACACGGCUUUCAAGCCUUCAUCAGGACGUCACAGAGAUGUUAAAGAAACUAUAUUUUCCACUUGGACACAGAGUUCAAGGGUGUCUGAGCAUAAAAUCCCCAGCAGGUGGCAGUAUUUCAGCUAAAAAUAAGUAUAUACUAACAACUAAAAGCAAAUAAAAACAGCUCUGUGAUAGGUCAUAAGAAGUCCAUCCAUCCAUCUUCCUCAGCUUAUCCGUUUCGGUCCCAAGGGCAGCAGUCUCAGCAGGGAAGCUCAGACACUCCUCUCCCUGUCCACUUCCACCAGCUCCUCUGGGAGGAUACCGAGGCGCUCGCAGACCAGCUGAGAGAUAUAAUCUCUCCAGCGUGUCCUGGGCCUUCCCCGUGGCCUCCUCCCACACGGACAUGCCCGUAACACCUCCCCAGGGAGACGUCCGGGAGGCAUCCUGACCAGAUGCCCGAACAGCCUCACCUGGCUCCUCUGGAUGCAGAGGAGCAGCAGCUCUACUUUGAGCCUUUCCAAGAUGUCUGAGCUCCUGACCCUGUCUCUAAGGCUGAGCCCAGACACCCUGCUGAGAAAGCUCAUUUUAGCCGCUUGUAUACACGAUCUUGUUCUUUCGGUCACUACCCACAGCUCGUGACCAGAGGUCAGGGUUGGAAUGUAGAUUGACCAGUAAAUUGAGAGCUUUGCCUUCUGUCUCAGCUCUCUCUUCACCACAACAGACCGGUACAGCGUCCACAUCACUGCAGACGCCAUCCCGAUCUGUCCGUCAAUCUCCCGCUCCCUCUUCCCCUCACUCAUGAACAAGACCCCGAGAUACUUCAACUCCUCCGCUUGGGGUAAAGACCUAAAGUGGGCAAGCCACCCUUUUCGGGCUGAGCACCAUGGCCUCAGACUAGGAGGUGCUGAUCCUCAUCCCCACUGCUUCACACUGGGUCAUAAGAGGUUUAAUAGUUAACUCCACCCUUUACAGAAACACUGUAAAAUCUCUCCUUACAGAAGAUGGGAUGUGGUUGAUGCCUAAUCCUUUUAAUAUAGCUGAGUUGCAGUGAAGGAAUACAAGAUAAAGUCUCACCAUGGGGUGAUCAACAUUUCCAGGUGUGAUUGUUUAUUUGUGUUCUGCCGGUCUGCCCUUCAAGCACCUUUCAGUUCUCCUGAUGUAUAACGCUGUGCACCUGAGACUUUCCAAACUCAAACAACAAAUACAGUUCAUCGUUUCAGACAAAACAUAUUUACGAGUCUGAAAAAGUCUUUGUCUGUCCCACAUUUGUGCAGGGAUCGCAGUGGUCGCUCUAGUAUGAACCCUCUGGUAGUUUUGGUCGAGGUGACUGUGGACCAGUUAGUCCUGAAGUUGUAAGAAUCUCCUGAAACUGAUGUUUUUGGAAAUAACUGAAUCAUACCCCGAAGUUUUUUCUUGUUGUCAGCCGAUAUGCUAGCUCGGUGUUCCUCCAGCAGGCUAGCGAUGUUAGCAAGACAUGAGCUGUUGCAUGCAUUCGGGGACUCACCAUCGGCCCUCUUAGACUUAGUUGUUUUAGACAUUAUGCUUGCCAAUAGUUCUGUGGAAGGAGUGAUAUUAUGUUAUGUUCAAAAAGAUAGACGGGUUGCUAAAAAGGCACUUUUAAAAGUGAAGGCACGGGAGAGUGAGACCAACACAUCUUCUACAUUCAAUGUCACUGGAAAUCCCUGACCCAAAGUUUGAAAACAGAGGCUUUAAACUGUUCAAAAGAGAGUGUCUGGACUUUCCGUGGCCGUUUUUCCACCAAGGAGUGAUUUUGGUGCAAAAAAAAUACCAGCAAUCAAGUCAGAAUCCUGAAUAACCCCUAGUUUGAUCCCUCACAAGCUGCUGAAAGCAGAGGUUAACAUUUUCCUUUUUUCCCCAUAAGGUUCCAGGAACCCAAACUUUCAGCAGCAGUCACAGAUUUUCCUACAGGAGCUGAGUUUAAAUCUUAUUAUAUGUGUUAUUAGAGAUCUUUAUGAACACAUUUGGGUUAGAAAUUUACUGGUGAGGAAUUUAUUCCCAGAUUGGCCCAAUACAGGAUAACCUUCCCUGACUAACUGCAUGGAUCCCAUCUCAGAGAACUGAAACGUACACCUGUUUGAAUCCAGGAAUUCCUCCAUUAGGUGACAGUCUACAAUGCUGUUUGAUGUGUUUGUCUUAGAUUCAUUCAAAAUUCUGGAUUUGCUGACCUGAAGUGGUGAUCCAUGUGAAUCAUGGACAUCGGUAACAGAAAACAAAGAGUGUUAAUGUUGAAGUGUGUAAUUGUGGUGAUGCAAUGCAAUGCUUUGUCAGUUUCUGGAAUAACAUUUAAUCUAACAGAAGUGACCAAAUAAAGAGUGUAUACCAUGUUAUUAACUUGAAUUGUGUUGUAUGCUGCUGUUCCAAGGAAAGAGUUUGACAUACUGACUGUAACAACUCUGAUCCUGAUCAAUGCAGUUUGUCCUCAUCAUCAUAAAACGCAGUGAUUCAGCUUUUAGUCGUACUCGUUGCUGGAGAUCGUUGUACAAAGGCAAGUUUUCAUUUUACAAUAAACAUUGUUCAGCAAAGUG